UUUCUGGUUUUAUUUUUGUUUUGAUUACACUGAAUUUUGAAUCAACGCAAAUAACACUACGUUCCUAAUUGCCACUUUCUGCUCACACUAACAAUGGUUAAUUAUAUCAAGAUAGAACGUGAUAACGAAAAUGCUGAGCUAUCAAAGCUACAAAGGCGUGUACUUCAAAGCCGCUACAUACUGCUCCUUACAUGUGUGUUACUUAUUUGUUUAAUAACGCUGACUACAAAGGUGUCGGAUCAGCUGCAAGUGCAGCACAACCAACGCUUUGUAUGCUAUUACUCAACUUCUGGACCCGAUAAGUUGAGCCUGUUGGAUGUGCCCGGAGAUUUGUGCACGCAUAUUAACAUUGGCAUUGCCAAUUUAUUCAACACGACGUUGCAAUUGUCACCGCGCCUAGAGCAAGUGCUUCAGAAUGAGACACGCCUCUUUCGUGCUGCCCAUCCAGAGGUGAAGCUGCUGCUGUGGAUUGGCGGUGCGGACAGUGGACAUCAAUUUGCCGACAUGGUAGCGAAUCAUGGUCGCCGCAAACAAUUUCUACGCUCACUUCGUACCGUGCUUCACAAAUAUCCCACCUUAGAUGGCAUCGAUUUGGACUGGGAGUUUCCACGAGCCUACGACAAUGAACGCAUGCACUUCUCCCAACUGCUGCACGAAAUUCGCCUCGAGUGGCGACGCGAGAAGCUCGUUAACAAUCUGCUAACUUUGGCCGUAGCUGCACCUGAGGGCAUCGCAUUCUUUGGUUACAACAUACGGGAAAUCAACCUGUACGUGGACUAUGUGAAUCUAAUGUCCUACGACUUCCAUUUCUACCGUGAGGAUACGCCGUUUACUGGAUUGAAUGCGCCGCUCUACGCCCGUCCCAUGGAGCAUUCCAUAAUGGCCACCUUCAACAUCAACUACACCGUUCACUGGUGGUUAUCAAAUGGCUUGGAGCCCCAGCGUUUGGUCAUUGGUCUGCCCACUUACGGGCAUUCCUUUACCCUUAUGAGUCCUUUAAACAGCCGAAUAGGCGCGCCUGCAUCCGGAUUUGGAAAAUGUGGUCAACUAGGCUUCACUACGCUGUCAGAAACGUGCGAAUGCGUUAAUCAAUUUAUUGAACCGACUUACACAUAUGACAACGAUACCUGCUCGCCCUAUCUAAGCUCUGUGCAGGAAUGGAUCUCUUAUGAAAGCAAGACGAGCAUCUCCUGCAAAGCUAACUAUGUCAAGUCCAUGAAUGUGGGCGGCCUAAUGAUCUUCUCCCUCAACACAGAUGAUCUGAAGAACAGCUGUGGCUAUGUAGCCGGAAAUGCCAAAGAGCUUGCUAAACCUGUAUUUCCACUAGCCCAAGUUGCAAAUGCCAUUCUAAGAGCUCCCUGAAAUGUGGAGUUAAUGAAGUCGAUCCAAGAUCACGAUGCCAAUUAGUCAAAUAUUUUUUGUUCAGGUAUUUCAAUGUAUUAUAUAUCCCUGGUAACCUCGUCGUGUGGAAACAUGUGUAUAUACAUAGAUAGAUGGAUAGAUAAAUAACUUCAAAAGGAUAAGCGUUAAAUAUAAAUAAGCCCUAAGUUUGUUAAGAAUUGUGUAAUAUGCGCUCAUGUGAUAGAAGACGUUUCCUACAGAACGAUUCUUCUGCUGUCCAAAGAUCAGAUUUAUUGUUUGUUUUGAACUAAAGAAAAAGAAAAACAAAGA